GGUGACGUCACAUCCGGAAAACAGAUUGGCAAAUUCUUGAAACAAAUUCUAGCAUUUCUAAACGAUAACUCUUCAAGAUGCCUACGCUAGUAUUUGACACAAACUUACCCGAGGACAAAGUUCCAGAGGAUUUCUACACGGCAGCCUCAAACUUGAUUGUGGAGAUGACUGGAAAACCAAUCAAGUAUGCAGCGGUCCAUUUACAUAUUGAGCAACUGAUGUCCUUUGGGGGCACCAGAGAUCCCUGCGCUUUGGUCAGUUUCACAUGCAUUGGCAAAUUGGGAGUUGAAGAAAACAAAAGCCACACCAAAAAAAUCACAGCUUUUGUCAAAAAGUAUUUAAAUGUGGAGGCUGAUAGAAUGUAUGUCAGCUUUAGAGAUCUCCCUGCAUCAGAGUGUGGUUGGAACAAUGAUACAUUUUCCAAGUAGGCAGCCUAGCA